AUGGCCUCGCUCAACGUCAUCGCCCUUAUUUCGGGAGGCAAGGACAGCUUCUAUUCGCUGCUGCACUGCCUUGCUAACGGCCAUCGGGUCGUGGCCCUGGCUAACCUGCAUCCUCCUCCCCUCUCGGCUGACAAUGCCGACGCCGACCUAAACAGUUUCAUGUACCAGACUGUCGGCCACGAAGUAAUCCCGCUGUAUGCAGACGCCACGGGGCUUCCACUCUACCGUCACGCCAUCACCGGUGGCGCCGGGGACUCGAGGAGGGACUACGGAGGGUCUGUGGCGCACCACGAUGAGGACGAGACCGAGAGCAUGGUCCCGCUACUGAGAAGGGUUAUGGCUGCCCACCCAGAGGCCAACGCUGUUUGCGCCGGCGCCAUCCUGAGUACCUACCAACGCACGCGCGUAGAGUCUGUGGCGUUGAGGCUGGGGCUUGUGCCGCUCGCGUACCUCUGGAAGUACCCAGCCAUCGCGGGGCCUGCGUCGUUUGGCCCUGUCCCGGGCGACGACGGCGCCCACCUACUGCGCGAUAUGGCGGCUGCGGGUCUCGAGGCGCGCAUCGUCAAGGUUGCGAGCGGCGGCCUGGACGAAGAAUUUCUCUGGGAGGACGUCGCUAGCCCCAAGGGCGUUGCGAGGCUCGUCAGGGCCAUGUCUCGAUUCGGCUGCGGGAAUGCCGGAGAUGGCGCCGUGCUGGGCGAAGGUGGUGAGUUCGAGACCUUGGUUGUUAACGGACCCGGGUGUCUGUUCAAAAAGAAGAUUCUCGUCCAAGAUCAAGACAAGCGGAUCAUCAAGGAAGGCGGCGGCACCGCGUGGCUUCGCAUAGCCAAGGCCGAGGUUGUGGAGAAGACCGCCCAAGAUGAUAGUGAUGGAGGACUGGAGAAGCUUCGAUCUCUGGUUAGAUUUCCCAAGCUGCUGGACGAACGAUUUUCCGGGAUUUUGGCAGCCGUUUCCAGGGCGUCUAGUGAAGCAUCUGGCCUGGGCCCAGACCAGAAGAACAUUGAUAACUGGCCUGGAAGCAAGACGCUCGGCCAUGUCUGCUCCAGACUGGAGCAGUGGAAUUUCGUGGCGGGGACGGCCGCUGCCUCUUCUGUCGUAGAGGAAACUCAAAUCAUCACGGAUAAGAUUCGUGGGCGCCUGGCCGCGCGGGGAAUGUCUGCCACCAACAUAAUCUCGGCAACUAUCGUUCUACGACGCAUGGCUGACUUUCCUGCUGUCAACGCCGCAUAUGGCUCUCUCUUUGUAGCACCGAACCCGCCUUCUCGAGUCACCAUAUCGAGUGGGGAUCUGUUGCCUCCGGGGUGCGAUAUCUACAUUUCUUUGUCCGUUUUGGAUGUGCCAAACCCAGCUAUUAUGGACACGAGUGUGAGGGAUGGCCUGCACGUGCAGUCCCGUUCUUAUUGGGCACCGGCCAACAUUGGUCCCUACAGCCAAGCCAUAACAUUGCCCCUUAAUGUCAUUGCACAGCCCAAUACGAGCCGUCAUCAAGGUGAUGAUGCAGUAACAUCAAAUCAGUCACCGGCCUCAGGUCCUAGACUAGUUCUCAUCGCCGGCCAGAUUCCCCUUGUCCCUGCAACUAUGGAACUUCCCCAUCCUGAUGAUCAAGAAACCGAACUCGAUGCCUUCACAUUGAACGCCACACUGUCGUUACAGCAUCUCUGGAGGAUAGCCCAGGACAAGGAAGUACAGUGGUGGAGCAGUGCCGUGGCGUAUGUUUCAAAGACUGACAAUAUCGACACUGCCCGAAGAAAAGCGAUAGCUGCUGCCACGGUCUGGGCGAAGACUUACGAUGUCGGGGGAGAUGGUGAUGAUGCAAGCGAUGACGACAGUGGCCCCGACAUUUGGGACCGAAAGUAUAAUCCAGCUUUCAUGGAUUACAAGGAUCAGCAGGACCAGAGCGGCUGUCUUCUUCCCGACUUCGAAGUCAUCAAUCAGCCAAGCACUAUGAGCCAACCAGUGCAAUCCGUGACCACCCUUCCUCCUUUCUUCCUGGCCGAGGUCGAGGAGCUCCCGCGCCAAUCGGAUGUCGAGUGGCAUGCCCAAGCUGGUUUCUCAAAUCUCGAGGCCCGAAGUGUUACUUUGCGCAGCCUCUCGUCGCCGUCGAGUGAGGCUUCUGACCCGAAGUUAAGGUCUUGGGACGCACAUCAGACUCUUGUCCAGAUGCGGGAAUCAGGAUUUGUUCACACCUGCGUGGCUAUCAAGUGUGAUGUCGCAUUGGGAGAUACGCCUAUGGCUGCCGAGUCUCUUGCGGAUGACAUCGGGUCUGUGAUGCUUUCGCUCUCACAACCUGCGACUGUGGGCGGACCCGAUUCUACUCCGCCCCUCGAGCAAAAGCCAAAUGAUUACCAACUCCUCUAUUUCGACGCAUCACUCGCUUCCGUUCCCCAACUGGCCGAAUCAUGUGCGGUCAUCCCCUGCCGGUCAUUGUGGAAUAGUCGAGGUGAGCGGGUGGCUGCCGUUGCGUUCAGCAGGCAAGCAAUGAGCAUUGAUAAUUAG